CAGUGGCGUUCCAUGCUUGACAUCGAACGCGCCGGGGAAAUCUGCCGGUAGCUGCUGUACUUUUGAACUCCAAAAACCUGAUGACAUCUAAAUCCAAGCUGUCACCCAAGGGGUCUAGGAUGCCUGGUGAGGAGAGGGAGAAGAGUGCACUGAAGCAGUGUACACAGGCUCGUGCCCAGCUGGAGGAGGCAAUAGCUGGAGUCAUGAAGGCUGAGACUCAGCUCCGGGACAACUCCAGAGAGGUGAAGUGUCAGCUGCACACCUGCAUCAGUCGUCACCUGGAGUACCUGCGCUCUCGUGAGGUGUGGCUGAGAGAGCAGAUCGACCUGGUGGAGCAACUCAAGGCCGAGGGACUGCAGAACCAGCUACAGCAACUCUACUGGCUUCGGGGGCAGUUUGACAUCCUGAUCCACCAGCUGGAGAACUCUCACAACAACCACGACCUGGCCAACCAGCUCACCAGCUGCCUGGAGAAGUUGUCCUCUUUAAACCUGAGUCCUGAGGAGACCCCUGAGAUGAGUUUCCAGGCGGAUGCUCGCACUCUGCGCCAGGCCAUCACCUCCUUUGGCACCAUCAACACACAGGAGGUCUCAGCCGUCUCCUCCUCUCCCUGGUCCAGCUCUAUUGAGAGACCCUGGCUACAGCAGAACUGCCCCGUUGCUGCCAAGAAGCAGAAGAUGGAGUCUGAUUGCAGCACCCCUCUGGCUGACUGGCUCCUGGGAAACAGGCCAGUAACAAGUGUUCCUAUUGGACACCAUUUCAGCAAAACACAGGAUUGGCUGAUUGCCCCCAAGGAGCAGCCCCAGCUGCCCGUGGUUCCGCUGACCACCUUCGACUUCCAGAGGGCCUGGGGCCAGUUGAAGGACCUGGAGGCGUGGCUUCUGCGCGAGAAGUCCCCAAUGAGAGAGCGCGCUAACAGCAGCUGUUCAAGCUCCGCCUCCAACUCCACCUUCUCCAUCGAGAAGAUCGACGAGUCCGACUUCCUGCUGACCGAGGACGAGUCCGAGGCCGAGAUGGCGGAGGCACCGGGGGAGGGCUCCGAGGAGCUGGCCGACUGGCUGGUCAUGGCCGCCCCUGAGGCCGUGGGCACCGGCGCGAGCGACGCUGACCGCUGGAAGGCCGUGUUCAAGCCCUUCCAGGAGGGCUUCUCGUCCAGCGAGUGGCUCCCAGGCUCCACCUCCAGCUGCGGCUCGUGCUGCGGCGGCUCCGUGGCCACGCCCACCUUCGAGAUCGAGAACCUGGGCAACCUCAAGUGCCUGAAGACCCCGCCGUCGCCUGGCAACGCCACCCCCCGCCACCACCCCUCCGCCAUGCCCACUCCCCCCCCGGGCGGGGCCGUGGAGCUGUGGCUGCAGCGGGCAUCCAGUGGCCAGGUGGAGCAGGCGUGCCGUGCCAACGAGCCCUGCGCCACCUUCGCCCAGUGCGUGUGCGAGGACAACUGCGGCCGCGGGGCGCUGGCCAGCUGGCUGCUGAAGCAGGAGGGCCGAGACAAGAACGGAGUGCCCACCGCCGAGCCCGCGCGCGCUGCCCUCUACCCGCACCAGCAGCAGCGCAAGGUCCACGCCAUCCUGGAGGCCUGGCUGCACCCGGGCAGGAGCGCCAAGACCACAGCGUCCACCCCUGCGCCCACCUCCCUCUCAGCCUGGGUGUGUCCACGCGACCCCUCCCCGGCCCCCUCGUCCACGUCCAGUCAGGAGGAGAAGGGCAGUCGCGAGGAGCGCAGCUCGCUCUUCAAAGCGCCUGACACAGAGAGCCCCUUCCACACGCCACUGAAGCCCGAGUCCUGGGUGCUGACCCCGACGCCCGCCCCACAGACCCAGGACAAACCCAGCAGCACGGACACGGACACGGAGGAGGACAAGUGGCUCUUACGCAAGAGGGCUCAGGCUCAGGAACGCCUGGUCCUGCCGACAGUAUGUGACCUGUUCUCCUGUAUGAAGCUUAGCGGAGACAAAGAGAAAUGGCUUCACACAGCACCUAUACAGAUGUGAACGCAUCAGAUGAGCUUCUGACUUGUUUGGAUUUUGGAAUUCCUCUUCUCUCUUCUAGAGGAGCCGCUGAGUUGCACAGACGCACCACCAAUCCGCCAUCUUGUCUGACCCCCUCGCCCCACUGCUGUGUGU